AUAGCAGCCACCUCUCCCUGGCAGCAGGGACCAGCAGCUCGGCUCCAGCACAGAUCAGUCAUCCUGGGGCCUACAGCCAGACCAUUCUGAAGGUGUCUUAGCUCCUCUGAUCUAGGGAGCACCAUGAAGCUUCUCACGGGCCUGGUUUUCUGCUCUUUGGUUCUGGGUGUCCACAGCUGGUUUUCAUUCAUUCGCGAGGCUUUUGGUGGGGCUCGGGACAUGUGGAGAGCCUACUCUGACAUGAGAGAGGCCAAUUACAUCGGCGCAGACAAAUACUUCCACGCUCGGGGGAACUAUGACGCUGCCCAAAGGGGACCUGGGGGUGCCUGGGCUGCAAGAGUGAUCAGCAAUGCCAGAGAAGAUCUCCAGCAACUCUUUGGCCAUGGUGCGGAGGACUCGCUGGCUGACCAGGCUGCCAACGAAUGGGGCCGGAGUGGCAAAGACCCCAAUCACUUCCGACCUGAAGGCCUGCCCGAGAAAUACUGAGCUUCCUCUUUACUCUGCCCUCAGGAGACCUGGCUGUGAGCCCCCCAGGGCAGGGAUACAAAGUGGGGAGAGGGGACACAAUAAAUGUCUAAUAAAUAUUUAAGAGGUGGAA